GAGCCCGCAUGGAGCGCCAGCCGUGCGCCCCGGCGGCCGCCCCCGCCGCGGCCGCGCUCUUCUCUUGGGGUGCAAAUAGCUACGGACAACUUGGCCUCGGUCAUAAGGAAGAUGUGCUUUUGCCCCAGCAACUGAAGGACUUCUGCAAACCCGGAUGUGUCAGGAGGAUCACGGGAGGAGGAGGCCACUCUGCUGUUGUCACAGAUGAAGGAGGCUUUUUUGUUUGUGGCCUGAACAAAGAUGGGCAGUUGGGUCUCGGUCAUACAGAGGAUGUUCUGUGUUUUACCCUCUGCAAAUACCUCCUUGGCUGUCCUGUUCAGCAAGUGGCCUGUGGCUGGGAUUUUACUAUUAUACUAACAGAAGAAGGUCAAGUUCUGUCAUGUGGAUCCAACUCUUUUGGCCAGUUGGGAGUUCCUCAUGGGCCUCGAAGAUGUGUGGUUCCCCAGGCCAUUGAGCUCCUGAGAGAGAAGGUUGUUUGGGUUGCUGCAGGACUGAGGCACGCAUUAGCUGCUACAGUGAGUGGCAUUGUGUACCAGUGGGGAACUGGUUUGGCAUCUUCUGCUCGACGGCUGUGUCCUGGACAGCCUCUCCCAUCAUUUUUGACAGCAAAGGAACCAAGCAGAGUGACAGAUCUAGGGAAUUCUAAAGCAACACAUGUUCUUGCUGGCUCAGACCAUUCUGCUUCAUUGACAGAUGCAGGAGAGCUCUAUGUUUGGGGAAGAAACAAGCACGGGCAAUUGGCUACCCAGGCUGCCUUCCUUCCUCUACCUCAGAAAAUAGAAGCACACUGGUUUCAGAAUGAAAAGGUCACUGCUGUCUGGAGUGGGUGGACACACCUGGUUGCUCAGACAGAAAGUGGCAAGGUAUUUACCUGGGGCCGAGCUGAUUAUGGUCAACUAGGGAGGAAGUUGGAGUCUAAUGAAGGCCAGAAACUAGAAAAGCAAGAUCCAUCCUUCUGCUUGCUACCACUGAACAGCACACCUUCGUCUCUGCAUUGCCUAACUGGAGCAGCUGAGAACUAUUGCAAAGUUCCAUCUGAUCAAGCAGGUACCCAUGAAGGCACUCAUCCAGGCAUAGUCCCUGGAAAUAGGACAGCAGUAUUCCUCAGUCUGCUGAUAUGUGGUGCUGUGCAGAGGAGGGGGGACAGGGACUCAGGCUGGGUCAUAUGACAUUGGCCAGACAUUCGCUUUGUUCAUUGUUACACUGUGCACACUUGUUACUAGCUUUGAUCUCAGUCACAUCUUAUCUCCAUUCUCAACUUUUUAAUCCCAGAAAGAAUAAAACUGUAGAAUCUGACCUAAGUGAUUUGGUUUUGUUUAAAUUGAAAAGCACAAACUCCUUAGUGCAUAAGUCUCUGAGGUACCAAAGACUCUUGCCUGGCAGUAUAGACUUCAGCCGUGUAGCUGCAGGACAACAAAAGAUUCUUGGGCCUAGGUGCACAAAUGAUUCAGUUAGACAAGUCUGUUGUCUUUGUUGUUGUUGUUACAGAACCUAAACAGGAAGGUAUUAUGCUGCCUUCUCCCAUACACUAAGUGCCCACUUUCUAACUCUCCCUACCUUGAGGGCUCACUAGGGGGACUUUUCCUGAGGCUUUGGGAGAUCUACCUGUCAUAUCUUGGGAGGCCAUUCUCGUUAGCCACGGACUCAAAUUCUGAACAACUGAAGGGUCAUCUAGUCUCGGAAUUCCACCAUUAGUUACAGUGCACAAAGCGUUUGCAUGGUCCUGGUAAGGAACAGAGGAAGUUCAGAGAUAAAUUCAGUAUUCUUCAUAUAGCAUUUCCUGAGUACCUCUAUAUCAGGCUCUGAAGCAAGAGUAGUAGAAAGAACAUAGAUGAGUAACUUCAACUAAACACUGAUUAGAACCCACUGGUGCAAGGCACUGUGCAAAGCACUAAAGAUGGAGUUGGAUGAGGUUCAGUCUUUAUGCUUAAGCAAAUUAUAAUCUGGGUAAGAUGGAGAAUAGACAGAUGUGUGAACCACUCACUGGGUGAGGGUAAGUGCUGUCUGUAGCAGGCCCAGAGGAUGGAGCAAUUACUUCUGAAGUGGCCUGGCCAUUUACUAGCCAUGUGCUUUUAGUCAGGGCAUUUAGCCACCCUAAUCCCCAAUUAAUCUAUAAAAUGAAAAUAUAAUGAGCUAAUCCGCAUGAAGCACCUAGAACAGAGUUUAAUAGUCAAUGACUAUAUUAGCAAUCAUUUACCUCCCCUCCCCCCAUUACACUUGAACCAGAGGCAUAGCAUGAGUCAGGAAUGUUGAGGAGUGGGUCUAUGGAGCUGGGAUAGUUUUGUGGAUAAUACUACUGAGGAAAAUGGCUGGUGAAGUGCAACGGGGCCGUGUUUAUGACCAUGGAAGGUCUUUAAUACCAGACAAAGGACUUGGGGCUAGAUAAAUGGAGCAUAAAAGAAUCACCAUGUGCUUCAGAGAGAGCAUUUUGGCAGAGCAGGGACUGAUGAAAGAAGAAGGAGCAUCCAGAAAGCUGCCUAAAAUUCCAGAGAAGAGCCAAGGUCAGAACUAGAACUUAGCAUUUCCUCAGUAUGGCAGAGUCUA